GUACCUUAUCCCAGUAAACUAACGGUAUAAUGGAGAAUAGCACAGUCUUGUCAAAUUGGACAAAAGAAAACAAAGAAAAAAUGAAGUAUGACUUUUCGUGUGAACUCUACAGAAUGUCCACAUACUCAGCUUUUCCCAGGGGAGUUCCUGUUUCAGAAAGGAGUCUGGCUCGUGCUGGCUUUUACUACACAGGUGUCAAUGACAAGGUCAAGUGCUUCUGCUGUGGCCUGAUGCUGGACAACUGGAAACAAGGGGACAGUCCCACUGAGAAGCACAGACAGUUCUAUCCCAGCUGCAGCUUUGUGCAGACUUUGCUUUCAGGCGGUUUGCAGUCUGCAGCUAAGAACACGUCUCCUGCGAAAAGUAGAUUUGCACACUCGUUACCUCUGGAACAAGGUGGCAUUCAUUCCAGCCUGCCCUCAAACCCUCUCAAUUCUAGAGCAGUGGAAGACUUCUCGUUGAGGAUGAAUCCCGGCAGCUAUACCAUGAGUACAGAAGAGGCCAGGUUUCUUUCUUACACUAUGUGGCCGUUAAGUUUUCUGUCCCCAGCAGAGCUGGCCAAAGCAGGCUUCUAUUACACAGGGCCUGGAGACAGGGUGGCCUGUUUUGCCUGUGGUGGGAAACUGAGCAACUGGGAACCGAACGAUGAUCCUCUGUCAGAGCACAGGAGACAUUUUCCCCACUGUCCAUUUCUGGAAAAUACUUCAGAAACGCAGAGGUUUAGUGUAUCCAAUGUCAGUAUGCAGACACACUCUGCUCGGAUGAGGACGUUUCUGUACUGGCCAUCGAGUGUUCUUGUUCAGCCUGAGCAGCUUGCAAGUGCUGGAUUUUAUUAUGUGGAUCACAAUGAUGACGUCAAAUGCUUUUGUUGUGAUGGUGGCUUGAGAUGUUGGGAACCCGGAGAUGACCCCUGGAUAGAACAUGCCAAAUGGUUUCCAAGGUGUGAGUUCUUGAUACGGAUGAAGGGUCAGGAGUUUGUUGAUGAGAUUCAAGCUAGAUAUCCUCAUCUUCUUGAGCAGCUGUUGUCCACUUCAGACACCUCAGAAGAAGAAAAUGCUGACCCUCCAGUUGUGCAUCUGGGCCCUGGAGAGAAUUGGGAAGACGCAGUGAUGAUGAACACACCUGUGGUUAAAGCAGCCUUGGAAAUGGGCUUCAGUAGGAGCCUGGUGAGACAGACGGUUCAGCGACAGAUCCUGGCCACUGGUGAGAACUACAGGACGGUCAGUGACAUUGUCUCAGCACUUCUGAAUGCUGAAGAUGAGAGAAGAGAAGAGGAGAAGGAAAGACAGAGUGAAGAGACGGCAUCAGGUGACUUGUCAUUGAUUCGGAAGAAUAGAAUGGCCCUCUUCCAACAGUUGACGUGUGUCAUUCCUAUCCUGGAUAAUCUUCUUGAGGCCAGUGUAAUUACAAAACAGGAACAUGAUAUUAUCAGACAAAAAACACAGAUACCCUUACAAGCAAGAGAGCUCAUUGACACCAUUUUAGUCAAGGGAAAUGCUGCAGCCAACAUCUUCAAAAACUCUCUGAAGGAAGUUGACUCUACAUUAUAUGAAAACUUAUUUGUGGAGAAGACUAUGAAGUAUAUUCCAACAGAAGACGUUUCAGGCUUGUCAUUGGAAGAACAGCUGCGGAGAUUACAAGAAGAAAGAACGUGUAAAGUGUGUAUGGACCGAGAGGUUUCUAUCGUUUUCAUUCCUUGUGGUCAUCUGGUAGUCUGCCGGGAAUGUGCCCCUUCCCUGAGAAAGUGCCCCAUCUGCAGGGGGACAAUUAAGGGGACUGUGCGUACGUUUCUCUCAUAAAUGAAGGAAGCUGUCUGAACAAAGAAUUACUGAUUCAGCUACGCAGCAGAACAUAUGUGCUCUACCCUUUCAAGAUUAAUAAUCUUGCUUUAUGUCAUAUUGUAUAUUUAAUCUUAGUCUGUUGCAGGGGAGGGUCUAUGCUGAUGAGCUACAGGAGUGUGUAUGUCCCAGAGCAGGAGUGGGGAUGCUUGCUGUGUGUCCUCAGGACUUCCUGGAUUUGGGAUUUCUGAAAACUUUGGAUUCAGGUGAUGUGGAACUCAGAAAUCCUGAAACCAGUGGUCCUGGCACUCAGUAGUUAUGGUGCCCUGUGCUUCUUGGUGCUUUUCCCUUCUGGAAAAUAAGUAUUUUUCUGUUACUAGUAAAUAAUAUUUUCUGUUUAUGAGAAACAUACUAAAGUUUUUUUUUAAAAGGCUUGCAUCAUCAUAGUGUGUGUAGGGAUGUAUGCAGGCAGAACACUGUGUACAUAAUAAAUCUUUUUAAAAAUGUU